CGGGGCCCUAGGACCGCUCUCCCAUUGCGCAUGCGCGCGCCCGGGCGGCGCGGGGUCUGGGUCUGGGGAUGUGGUACCGUCUGCUGGCGGCGGCCGGCAGUAGAGCGGUGGCCGGGCCGCUGGCCUUGUUGUGGCGAUGUGGUGGCCCAGGAGGCGGCAGGACGGCCAAGACCAGCGCGAGGGCCCUGGGCAAGGCCCGACAGUGCUUCCAGGGGAUCCACUUUCAGAAGCUGACUCUGCAGGCAAGACCGACGUUAUUUUCCCGGUGGCUGUGUUCAAAACCACCCAAAGAGACUGGUGAACUAGAGAAUGCUGAGUCUGGAGGAGACGGAGGCAGGAGAGGAGGGAAGCGGGAUAACGUUGCCUGGUGGAGGCGGAUGCAGAAGGGGGGACUUCCCCUGGGGUGACGAGGAUUUCCGCAGUCUGGCCCUUUUAGGGGCAGGCGUUGCCGUGGGAUUUUUCUACCUCUAUUUUCGAGAUCCUGGAAGAGAAAUCACUUGGAAGCACUUUGUACAGUAUUACCUGGCCAGAGGUCUGGGCACACACCUGUCUUCAGAGAGGUCCCUGAUGACUCCUUAUGGGAGGAAGGGAGAGCUGCUGCAGCCCGUCUCUGCUGUUGGUCUUCACUCACAGCUGCUGCCAUGAGGAGCAAGAUGCCUGCUGGUGUGUGUGUUCUGGACAGAUCCCAGAGCUUCUGUGAGGUCCUCUCCAGGCGGACCGGCUGGAAGUUGUGAACAAACAAUCUGUGCGUGUUAUUCCUGCCCCUGGGACCUCUUCUGAAGUGAGGGGUGAAUUUAAGGCUGAGUAUUGCAGACAUAAGUUUAUUUCGUGUAAAAAUGUAGUUUUCUAUUUUUUUUCAGUAAAAUACUCCCUUAGUAUCCAUCAACUACUCGUUAAUGUGUUUUUUUCUCAUUGGCAUGUAUCAAUAACAAAGCCUUCCAAGGAGGACAGGAGCCGUUAUAAGACUGACUAGGAUUCAGAUUUGCCAAGCAGUGUCUGAGAACAACUUAUCAAGGAUUGUGGGGAGAGAAGAGAAGGAGACAAAGAUACAAGAGUAAAAAGCCAAAAGGAAUGGCUGGCCAUGGUGGCUCAUGCCUGUAAUCCCAGCACUUUGGGAGACAGAGGCGGACAGAUCACUUGAGGCCAGGAGUUCAAGACUAGCCUGGCCAACAUGGUGAAACCCCAUCUCUACUAAAAAUACAAUAAUUAGCCAGGCAUGGUGGCUUGUGCCUGUAAUCCUAGCUACUCAGGAGGUUGAGGCAUGAGAAUUGCUUGAACCCGGGAGGUGGAGGUUACAGUGAGCCAAGAUCAUCCCACUGCACUUCAGCCCGGGUGACAGAGGGAGACUGUCUCAAAAAAAAAAAAAAAAAAAAAAAAAAGAAAAA